AUGCCGGAGAGUGCCAUCAUAAAAACCCCCAUUGGCUUCGACGUUUCCGCAGACCUGCUUUCAAGAAGUCAUAGGUUCUUGAUGUCUCCGGAGUCGUCUUCCUCGUCGUCGAAGAAGAAACGGAGGAAUCUGGAGAUGAGGGUUGUAGAGAAUGCUAAACGAAGACGCGUCACCUUCGCCAAGAGGCGCCAAGGCCUCUUCUCCAAGGCGGAGGAACUCGGCGCCGUCUGCAGCUCCGACGUCGCCGUCGUCGCCUUUACCUCCUGCGGUAAGGCCUUCUCCUUUGGCGAUGACGCCAUCCGUCGCUACCUCCGCCUGGCGCGAGAACACGAUGGCAAUCAAGAUGGCAGGGAGGAGUGUGGCUCGGUGAAGGCGACGGGGAUGGAAGAUCCCGUCCGAAGACUGAGAUUUCUUGAGGAGCUCCGGCGUAAAGCAAUUGCUCGCGCCGAGGACCUGGCGCAAGCGCGGGCUGAGGCUACCGCGGCCAGCAGCAAAAUGUGGAAAGAGGAAGAGGUGGUUCUAAACACUGUUCUCAAUCCUGAUGGCAUGUCAUUCUCUGUUGAAGUGGUCUGA